UGUAUAUAUCUAUGGGUGAAACCAAGUGGAACAAAAAAAACUCAGUGACGUGGUUUUUCUGUUGGGGUCAAAGUUCGUGUUGACAUCCGCAGACUCACGGCUAUCUAGCUAAUGGCUGAAAUAGACAUUGGGAAGCAUUGUCAGAUCGAUUCCUGCAAUCAGAAAGAUUUCCUUCCAUUUGUUUGUGAUCUUUGCAGUGGUAUUUUCUGUCUUGAGCACAGAAGCAGAGAGGCCCAUUCAUGUUCAAAGGAGCCAGUGAAAAGGGAAUCCUGGACUGUGGGUAGCAGUACAAGUUAUCCAUGCUCAUUUCAAGACUGCAAGGGGAAAGAAUUGUUGCCAGUAACAUGUCCGCAGUGUGAAAAACAUUUCUGUUUGGCCCAUCGCCAUCAAGAUGAUCACAAGUGUGAGAAGUUGGAGGUCCAAAAGCCUCGAAUGGCAGCCACAAAACAACUGGUGCAAAAGAUUAUUGAGUCAAAGGACAAAGACAAAUGUCAAAGUAAAGCACGCAGAGGAGCAAAGAACAGUGCAACUGCAGCUAAGGUAGCAUUAAUGAAACUGAAGCUGCAUGCAGCAGGAGACAAGGGGCUGCCACAGACAGAAAGAACGUAUUUUCAGGUGUAUCUUCCUAAAGAAUUCAAAGACUCCAGCCAACCCAUGUUCUUCUGUUCCAAAUGGAGUGUUGGGAAAGUGGUGGAUUACGCAGCCUCCCUCGCUAGUCUCAAGAACAACAAUAAUGUACUGACGGCUAAGAAGCUGCGGUUAUGUCAUCCUCAGACAGGUGAGGCUUUCCGGAUGGACGACACCCUGCUCUCACUGCUGGCUCACACAGAAACUCCCCUGUACAAUGGGGGUAAUGUGAUCCUGGAGUACCUGGACAAUGAGUGCACAGGCCUGGAGAAUGUUUCUGACUAUGUUACACAGAUCUGACAAACCAGUGCCAGCUACUAAAUUAAAAGAUUUCUGUAUGCGAUUUAUAUUUAUGUCAAUAAAAUGUUCUUUCGGCAUGUUGA